UUAGCACAAACCGAGGCCCCACACCCAUGGCCAAGCAUUACUGAGACACCCCCAAGUCCAGAUAUCACCUCAGGCCCACCACCAAUCACCCCUUCAAGUAGGAGCACCGACAUGGAUACCGUCACAGAACUAGAAGAUGUUCCUCAGCUCUCAGGCGAGUAUGAAAUGGAAAAAUCGGACGCACUAACAUUUGAAAAACACCCACAGAUUCUGAAUAAUGAAGACAUUUUGAAAAAAAUUUCAGAUAUUCUUUCACAGGUACAACGGGUACCGCUUGCUGAGAGCCUCAAGCCAGAAUACAGAGAGGACAUUCGAGCCUCUAGAGAGCACCUGAAACGGAGCCUUGCUUUAGCAGAAGCAGCAGAACAUAAACUACAAACGAUGGAUAGAUCCCAGCUAUUACCGCUGGGACGAAGCAGCAGUGGAGCUGAUGACAGUGAGACUGUGAUUAACAUGCUGUACAAUUCCAGAUCUAAAUUAUCUGAGUACUUAGAUGUUAGAUCUGUUCCACCAGAGAUGAGACAAAAGGCUACUACAGUACUCAGUACAUUGAAAAAAAUAUUAUGUGUAGGUCAACUAGAAACUCAAAACCUUAUUAGGAAGUUACUAAACAAUAAUAUAAAAAUUUUAAACCUACUUGAUGUUCCAUGACAAAGUUGAUUGAAGUGAACUGUGCAUUCAUUUCACUAGAGAAAUAAACACAUUAGUGAUUCACAAGUUGUAUG